GCUGGACAAGGGGUGGCACUGCAGCAGCAGGCAAGUAAAGGGGGCUGGAGAAGGGGCCGGCUACAAUGAGGAACAACAACAACUGCUGCUGCAGCGUAAAGGGGGCGUUGAGGAACUGAAACCUCCCUCAUCGAUACCAGCAGCUGCGAACCGCCAGUCAAGACACAUGGACGGGAAAGAAGCAAGGAUUUGCUGCAGUCCGGUGCACCGGCCAAUCCUUUGUGAAUCACAACGCUCAGCCAGCGCCAGCAUCGAUGCAUUUCACGGACCCUGUGCGGGAAUGCACUGGUAACAUCGGACGGGAUUACAAGACUGAGGACUGAGUCAGAGAAUGGGAGCCAGCCAGCGCCGGUGAACUGGAUUGAAUGACCACUGAAUAGGUAGCACAGUCUACUGCUUGUUCUUGCACUGGUCAGAGAAGAACCGUGGAAAUGUUAGCAAGGGGGAACAAUUCACGUUCUUGCCCCCUAAAGAGGAGAAACUAUUGAAUUUCUUUGCAAAAUCCAACUCUGCGCUGCCCUAGUGCACGGUGAUGGGGAUGAAGUCUAUCUAUCUAUCUGAAGAAGGGCCCCGACCCUAAACGUCGCCUGUCCACGUUCUCCAGCGAUGCUGCUUGGCACACUGACUUCCUCCAGCAGUUUGUGUUUUGCUGAAGAUCCCAGCAUCUGCAGUUCCUCGUGUCUCUUGUCUACCUGUUGUCGGGCUUGCGAUUUCAAAGUCUUGUUGCUGAUUCAGAUGUCGCCUCUCCCCACCGACUUCAGAACUUUUUGAUGCAGAUAUCUGUGUGGGUUUGGAGCCUCUAGUCUGCGUUUCUGCAUUUGCUGCCCCGUGUGUUGUCCGGGCUGAACAUGGGGAGGUGCGGGCUUUGGGCGAGAGGUUUAUUGCUGGUGCUCGGGACUCUGCUUCUACCCCCGGCCCCCGCCGCUGCCAGCGGUGAGUACUGCCACGGUUGGAUGGACACCCAAGGGACCUGGCACGGCGGCUUCCAGUGUCCUGAGCGCUUUGACUCGGGCACGGCUACCAUCUGCUGCGGCUCCUGCUCGCUGCGCUACUGUUGCGCCAGCGCCGACGCCAGGUUAGACCAAGGCCACUGUGACAACGACCAGCCGGCCGGCAGCAACGAUGGCCCGGGCGGCGGCGAGGGCAGAGACGGCGGCAACUCCUCCGCAGUGCCGAUCUAUGUGCCUUUCCUUAUCGUGGGCUCCGUCUUCGUGGCCUUUAUCAUCAUAGGCUCGUUUGUGGCAGCCUGCUGCUGCAAGUGCCUCAAACCCAAACAGGAGCAGCAGCAGAACCGAACGCCAGCAGCGAGCCGGCUGAUGGAGUCCAUCCCCAUGAUCUCCAGCUCGGGCAACCCCCGGGGGUCCUCCUCGCGGCAGUCCAGCACUGCGGCCAGCUCCAGCUCCAGUGCCAACUCCGGGGCCCGAGGCCCCCCCGUCAGAACACAGGGCAACUGCUGCCUACCUGCUGAGGGGGCCAUGAACAACAUUUACCUCAACGUGCCGCCCAGUUUCUCCGUGGUGAGUUGCCAGCAGGCUCCGCCAAUCCUGCAGCACCAGGCACAGUUCCUGCACCCUCAGUACUUGGGGUUUGCUGUUCAACACGACUCCUUGGCUAUGACGCCCACUCCUCCUUACAUGGAAGGACUGCAGAAUGGUUACAGGCAAAUGCAAACCUCCUUCCCCCAGGCCAGCGCUAAUACCGAACAGAUGGUGUACACAACAGUAACUGUAUAGGAAGACACCAAUGUAUUUUUUUAAUAUAUAUCUCUACAUAUCACUGCAACGUGGAGGCUAUCUACUUGGAUCGUGAGAAACAAAACACGGGUUGAGACAUUUUGUAAGCGAUUAGUUUAUCAAAUUUUCCUCAGAGGAAUUUUUAUCCUUUAAGAUGUGUGUGUGAGAAAUUCAGUGUUUCAGAAUUUUCUCCACUGUUGACGAUCACUUGUUGCGUUUGGGUGCUUAAGGCAGCCAUCUUCAUCCUGCUGGGAGUAGCCGGUCGUUAGACCAUCAUUGGUCGGCCACAUCCAACGAUCCUUGGAGCAACGGAUGGUUGCUUGCUCAGUCAUGAUUGUUGGAAGUACGUAACGUCCGGCACUGAAUUAUGUACCACUGGAGUCGUACGGCAUGGAAACAGGCCCUUUGGCCCAUCUUGUCCAUGCCACCGAAGGUGCCCCAUCCACACUAGUCCCACCUGCCCGCAUUU